GCCCGGCGGCCGGAGCGGCGGCACAGUCCUCGGAGUAAGCGCUUCGUUGUCCCCGCCGCGUCCAGUCCUCGGCCCGUCCUUGUCAUCGGCCCUCGCUCGCCGCACCAUGCCCGCCGUGGACAAGCUCCUGCUGGAGGAGGCCUUGCAGGACAGCCCCCAGACCCGCUCUUUGCUGAGCGUCUUUGAGGAGGAUGCCGGCACCCUCACCGUCUACACCAACCAGCUGCUGCAGGCCAUGCAGCGAGUCUACGGGGCCCAGAACGAGAUGUGCCUGGCUACCCGGCAGCUCUCCAAGCAGCUGCUGGCCUACGAGAAACAGAAUUUUGCCCUUGGCAAAGGCGAUGAAGAAGUCAUUUCGACGCUGCACUAUUUUGCCAAGGUGGUGGAUGAGCUGAACGCUCUCCACACAGAGCUGGCCAAGCAGCUGGCGGACGCCAUGGUGCUGCCUGUCAUCCAGUUCCGGGAGAAGGACCUCACAGAAAUAAGCACUCUGAAGGACCUCUUUGGACUCGCCAGCAACGACCACGACCUCGCGAUGGCCAGGUACAGCAGGCUUUCUAAGAAGAAGGAGAACGAAAAGGCGAAGGCCGAGGUGGGGAAGGAGGUGGCGGCUGCGCGGCGGAAGCAGCACCUGUCGUCCCUGCAGUACUACUGUGCCCUCAACGCGCUGCAGUACCGGAAGCGGAUGGCCAUGCUGGAGCCCAUGAUCGGCUUCGCCCACGGGCAGAUCAGCUUCUUUAAGAAGGGAGCAGAAGUGUUUUCCAGGAGCAUGGACAACUUCCUCUCCUCGGGGGCGGACAUGGUUCAAAGCAUCCAGGUGGAGCUGGAAGCAGAAGCGGAGAAGAUGCGGAUGUCGCAGCAGGAGCUGCUCUCUGUGGACGAGUCUGUGUACACCCCAGACUUGGAUGUGGCUGCCCCUGAGAUCAACCGGAACCUCAUCCAGAAGGCCGGCUACCUUAACCUGAGAAACAAAACGGGGCUGGUGAGCACCAGCUGGGAGCGGCUGUACUUCUUCACCCAGGGCGGGAACCUCCUGUGCCAGCCCCGGGGCGCCGUGGCCGGCGGGCUCAUCCAGGACCUGGACAACUGCUCAGUGAUGGCGGUGGACUGCGAGGACCGGCGCUACUGCUUCCAGAUCACGGCUCCCAACGGGAAAUCGGGGAUAAUCCUCCAGGCAGAGAGCAGGAAGGAGAACGAAGAGUGGAUCUGCACCAUCAACAACAUCUCCAGGCAGAUCUACCUGACCGAGGACCCCGAGGCCGUGGCCAUCAGGCUGAACCAGACGGCUCUGCAGGCGGUGACUCCCAUCACGAGUCUGGGGAAGAAACAGGAAAGCUCUGGCCCCAGCCAGAACCCCACGAACUCAGAGCUCGAGAACGACAAGACCGUCCCCGCGGCAGCAGCCGCGGCUCCUGAGGCCGAGGAGCUCAUCGCACCCGGGACGCCGAUUCAGUUCGACAUUGUGCUUCCCGCUACAGAGUUCCUCGAUCAGAACAGAGGCGGCAGGCGGACCAACCCUUUCGGCGAAAGUGAGGACGACACCUUUCCGGAGGCGGAAGAUUCGCUUCUGCAGCAGAUGUUCGUAGUUCGGUUUUUGGGGUCGAUGGCGGUGAAGACGGAUGGCAGCGUGGAGGUGAUUUAUGAAGCCAUGAGACAGGUGCUGGCUGCGCGAGCCAUUCACAACAUCUUCCGCACGACCGAGUCCCACCUGAUGGUCACCAGCCAGGCUCUGAGGUUGAUAGAUCCUCAGACGCAGGUGUCAAGGGCCAACUUUGAACUCACCAGCGUCACCCAGUUCACUGCUCAUCAAGAAAACAAGCGACUGUUUGGCUUUGUCACCCGCGUCCCCGAGUCCACGGGAGAAGACUCCCUCAGCACGUACAUUUUCGAAAGCAACCUGGAUGGCGAGAAGAUAUGUUAUGCCAUUAAUCUGGGGAAAGAAAUUAUUGAGGCUCAGAAGGAUCCAGAGGCACUGGCUCGACUAAUGCUGUCUGUCCCGCUAACCCAUGACGGGAAGUACGUGCUGCUAGACGAUCACGCAGAGGACAGUGCCGGAGGCCCGAGCGGGAGCAGAGGCGCCGAGUCGGAGGCCUGACUCGCUGGGGCUGUGGGCGGAGCCCGGCGGGCGGCUCCUUCAGGGGUUUCCACUUCUCUGCCGCACAGGCGCGCGACCUGCUUUCAGGAUGCUGACCGCGCGGCCCGGGAUGCUUCCUCAGACGGGGCGCGAGCGGGGAGCCGCGCUCCGGCGUCUGCACCGGGCAUCUUGGGCGCUCUGGGUGAGCGCCUCCGUGGGCCGCACCGAGGGAAGGGAUCCUGGAAGACGCACUGAUCCCUUGACUCGGAUGUCAUCUCUCCUGUUCCCAGUGCCCUUUUACUAAGAGCGGCAGAGGCCUAGACUUACAAUUUCAUAAGCACUAAGUAUUUGCAUUAACAUAAUCUAUUUUUGUAUGUUACCUAAUGAGCUUUAAGUGCCUGUGCUCCGGGAAGUGCGUACUGCAAGCCGGCGCUGCUGCGCGGGCAGGGGAGCCGGCCGGCCGCGUGGGCACAGCAGGCUGAUGGGACCGGGGACGCCAGGCCUCGCCCUGCGGAACCCCCUGCGGCCUCGGACGUGGCUGCGCUGGGGGGCUGUCGGUGGCCGCGGCACAGCACUUUCCUCUUGCUUCUGAGCCACACUCUCCGCCGGCCAGUGCAUUCCCACUCACUGAAGCAGAGCGGACAGGGGCCUGGUGCACUUCUGUUUCCUCCGGGUCCUGGAACCCCGGCGACCUUCCAAUCCCCAGAGCUGGGGUUAAAGAUAAAAAUCUUGAACUGUGAAGAUCUUGAACUGUGCGUGGUGUUUAACUGUAACAAGCGCAGCAGACUAUCAUAGCCAUGUAAUAAAUUAACCUAGCCAUGAAAA